AUGGAAUGUCUCUCCAAGCUCAAAAGACGCUUUGUCCGAACAAAACGACGGUCUGCGGAAAGAGCAGGGGAGAGCAAGCCUCAGGAAAAAGGAACAGGAACAACAACUGAGUCGAACGAGGUGGCUUCCGGGUCUUCCGGUACAUCAUCUACGACCGUGAAAAAUAUCACGACCCACCCCCAGCCCGCUGAGUCCUCCGCUGUUAGUACCAGCUUACCAGAAUCAAACGAGCCACAAGAUCAACAAGUAGGGGCCCAGGGGCCGCAGGUAGAACCACGCGUCAAUCACGAAAUCCGAGCCUAUUUAUGGACCCAAGCAUUUCUUAUUUUCGAGGAGAGAGACGGUAAUCAGGAACUGGUCACAGCCUACAAAAACCAUCUGGUCUCUUUGCAGGAUGGCAGCCCGGCUAGUCUGGAUUUCUCCCAACAAAAUUCCGUCGAAGAAGCUGUGAAGAAUCUGCUCGCCUAUCGAGAGGGAAAGCAAUGGAAAGUCACCAUUCGCAACCACGAUAUCAAAAUACGCUCGCAGGUAGAGAAGCUGGCCGAGUUUCUUCGUUGGUCGGAUCCGCUCGUGAAGAAUGCUCUCAGCCUUCAACCAUACGCAGCGCUUGCCUGGUCGGGCCUUAUAACCAGUGGCGUCACCCAGAACGCAGACAUGCUAGAGGGCUUGAAUUUCAUUGGUGACAUCCAGAUGUACUGGCAAAUCUGCGAGGAUAAUUACCUCAAGUCCGAACAUCGGCGACACUAUGAGCCACUGAUCAAGCCCUUGGCCAAGCUUUACUCCUAUAUCAUUGAGUAUCAAGCUCGAGCUAUACAUCAUCUAGCCAGUGCUCAACUGUCCCGUGCCUGGCAGAAUGUUCAAGGCUCCAACUCCUGGGCCGAAAGGAUCGAAAAGAUUACCAAGAUGGACAAAGAGUACCGCGAUGGCUUUCUCUCGGUUGGUGAACAGUCAGAGAUUCGAGAAAGUAGGAAUAGUCAGCUACAAGAGAUGGAAAAGGCACGAGUCGUCCAAGAAAGCAUUCUGCGGCAAAUGCAAGAAGACAGACAAGAUGAGAAGGAAGCAAGCCUGCUUCAAGCACUAGCCGCCACGGCUGGUGAUUACAAGCGAUACAAAGAUAUCAACCCCGAUAGGGUUCCUGGCACCUGCGAGUGGUUCCUGAACGAUGAAAGGUUUAGCAAUUGGCGUGAUGGCAUUUCCAAUCUCCUCUGGGUCUCAGCAGGCCCUGGACGCGGCAAGUCUGUCUUAUCCCGAUCUCUGAUUGAUGAAGGGCACUUGAGUUCGCUCACCACCAUUUCAAUCCCGCCAUCGAGCACUUCGCAAGAAAUUCAGGUCACUGUCAUUUAUUUCUUCUUCAAGGAAGGCGGUGAUGGCAAUAUGGACGCUAAUCAUGCUCUAUGCGCCCUAUUGCACCAGCUGUUCACCUCCCCGUCCGCUUCAAGUCUGAUUAAAUAUGGACUUCAGAGCCAUAAAGAAAAUGGCAAUUCUCUGACUGCAAAAUUCUCCAACUUGUGGCACAUCUUGCUGAAAUGUAGCGCUGCACCAGAAGCCGGUGAAAUAGUCUGUGUGCUAGAUGCAUUGGAUGAAUGCAAGGAACACAACAGGCUCACGUUCAUCAACACGCUGAAAGAGUUUUAUUGCACAGACCAUCCGCUGCCCACCUCCAAGCUCAAGUUUUUCAUUACAAGUCGUCCAUAUCAUGACUUGGAACACUCGUUUGAGAGCUUCCCAGCCAUUUCAACCUAUCUUCGGCUCGAUGGUGAUGAAAAGAGUGAGCAAAUUGGCCAAGAGAUCAACCUCGUGAUAGACGCUCGGGUGAACAAAGUGACUGAGGGUUUUAAAGAGAGCGAUCGUCGACUUAUCACAGACCGUCUCAAGAGCAUGGAGAACCGCACAUAUCUCUGGCUACAUCUGACACUUGAUAUUAUCGAGAAAGAGCGCACCGAAUACAGCCGAGCUUCGGACGUGGAGAGGCUCUUAUCCCAUCUACCCACCCAAAUUUCCGACGCAUAUGAAAGAAUCUUGAGUCGGAGUACCAACAAAUCACGAACCAAGAUCCUCCUCCAGCUGAUGUUGGCUGCUCAGCAGCCUCUGACCCUUGAUCAGGCAAAUGCGGCCCUAACUCUGGCUCUCCGGGAAUCCAGACCGAAAUCGCUCGAGGCACUUGAAGAUGAAAUGUGGCCAAGAAAACAAUUUAAGAAAAUCGUCACCAAUCUCUGCGGCCUGUUCGUCAGUGUGUACGACUCCAAGCUCUCAUUCAUCCACCAGACAGCUAGGGACUUCCUCAUGAUACCCAAUCAAGGAGGUGAGAAAGGAGCAUGGAAAGGUGACUUCAAUCUACCACAGUCCAACGACACAAUUCUAUGUGUAUGUGUCCAGUACUUAUUGCUUCCCGGCUUGAAAUGGUAUGAUAAUGGCUUGAAAGGGUAUGUUUAUGGCAACGACAGCGACAACGACAGCGACAACGACAGCGACAACGACAGCGACAACGACCAUGACCACGGCAGCGACAAUGACGUUGGCAAUCCCUCUUUUCUGCAGUAUGCGGCUCGAAACUGGCCUUUGCAUCUCGAUCUUCAGAACGACGCGCUUGCUGAGCAGUUCAUCGAGGAUGUGCGCACAUUGUGUGAUCUUUCCAAAUACCCUGCACGCGUCUGGAUAUCCAUUUAUGCCGAAGGUGACCUCAACGAAAACCAGUUGGAGAAAUCCAACAUGAUUUCUGUGGCGAGUGCGCUUGGCAUAACACAGGUCGUCAUGUUGCUGCUCAAUCAAGGAAUAGAUGUCAACUACCGAGAUGAGAAUUACGGUACAACGCUUCAAAUAGCAUCGGCGAACGGCUACGAAGAUAUUUUAAAGAUACUGCUAGCCCGUGGUGCUGAUAUCAACAUUCAAAGUGGCAAGUAUGGUACCGCACUACAGGCAGCAUCGGUAAUGGCCCACAAAGACAUUGUCAAGAUACUACUGGACCAUGGCGCCGAUGUCAACAUUCAAGGGGGCAGGUAUGAUACCGCACUGCAGGCAGCAUCGGUAAAGGACCACAAAGACAUUGUCAAGAUGCUACUGGACCAUGGCGCCGAUGUCAACAUUCAAGGGGGCAGGUAUGAUACCGCACUGCAGGCAGCAUCAGUAAAGGACCACAAAGACAUUGUCAAGAUGCUACUGGACCAUGGCGCCGAUGUCAACAUUCAAGGGGGCAGGUAUGAUACCGCACUGCAGGCAGCAUCGGUAGUAGGACACAAAAACAUUGUCAAGAUACUACUGGACCAUGGCGCCGAUGUCAACAUUCAAGGGGGCAAGUAUGGUACUGCACUGCAGGCGAUAUCAAGUAAUGUGAUGAGAGAAGUGCAGUAUGUUGGCGGUGAAAAGGAUAUCGACAUGCUAAUGUCCCUUAAUGCCGAUGUCUUUAUUCUGAAAACCUGUUAUGCAAUUCCGGCCUCAUCGGUCUGGUAUAAGCAAAAGAUUGUCAAGAUGCUGCUGGAUCAUGGUGCCGAUGUCAAUAUUCAAGGUGGCAUUCAUGGUACAGCGCUUCAGGCAGCGUUGUUCAGAGACAAUCAAAUUACUGUGAAGAUGCUGUUGGACCAUGGUGCCGAUCCCUCUAUCGGUCGAUCACCAAACACACCGCCCGAGGCUGAAUCAAGCGAGGAAAGCAGUAUCAUGGAUUUCUGA